CAGUGUGCAUAAUCUAUCAGCCGACUCAUUCAUGUUAGUUAGUAGUUCACGAGCUAGACCAGUUACGUCAUGUUUUGAAUAAGCAGAUAGCAUGUUCAGCGUAUUAACACUGAUAUCAGUUCAUUAUGAUACUACGCUGUUUACACGCCGUGAGGAGGUUUAUUCCUCAUUAUCCUACACUGUGUCAGGAUGCUGUCUCUAGGCGGUCUCUAGUUACAAUCCCGGAGCUUUGGUACUCAGCACGCGUAAGCGCGCGAGGCCUGUCGAAGAUGUCGCUAUGGCCCUUCAGUGUGAGCCCAUGGGACUUCAGCCAGCCCAAUGCAUCCUGGAAUGCAGAGAUGCAGGACGUUUAUGAUCGUUAUAAUGCACUGUGUGAGGUUAAUGUUGAAGAAACCGAGAAGAGGCCUUGGCGCAAGCUUCCCAGUUACAACCGCUCUCUCAAAUAUGUUACAGGAGGAGUAUACUUGAGUAAAAUAAUCCAGUCUAAAGCUAGACUCUUCACAAGGAACAUAAAAGAGCAUGGGGCAGCGUUCGAGUAUGUGGUUUUUAUGAACAAGCAGGAGAAGAGAUGUGUGUGUGUGUUCCAGGCUGGGCAUCUACUGGAGGGACCUCCUGGACAUGUGCAUGGUGGAGCAAUCGCUACCAUGAUCGAUACGGUGACAGGUACUCUCGCUGGUUACCUGGUUGGGCCUGUUAUGACUGCCAACCUCAAUAUCAACUAUCGCAGUCCGGUACCACUGGGUAGUGUAGUUGUGCUUCACAGUGCUCUGGAUCGGAUUGAGGGCAAAAAAAUCUUUGUAACCUGUAGAAUGACCAGCACUGAUGAAUCCAAAUUACACACAGAGGCUACAGCUCAUAUUGAGGUCAUUCCCUGUAAGAUCUGCGGAGACAAGUCAUCAGGUGUGCACUAUGGAGUCAUCACCUGUGAGGGCUGCAAGGGCUUUUUUCGAAGGAGCCAGUCAUCCAGUGUGCAAUAUUCUUGCUCUAGGCAGAGUAACUGCCUCAUUGACCGCGCCAGCAGGAACCGCUGCCAGAGCUGCCGCCUCAAGAAAUGUGUUGCCCAGGGAAUGAGCCGAGAUGCGGUGAAGUUCGGCCGCAUGUCUAAACGUCAGAGAGAUUCUCUUUUUGCUGAGGUGGAAAGGCAUCAGCAGCAACAGCAACAACAGCAGUGUCUCCAGGCCAGUCAAACUGAGCCCGAGCCUCUACCAGCCUACAGGCCCAGCAAAGAGCCCCGAGGUCGCUCAACACAUUUAAUCCAGCCCUUGGUUCCCACCUUCCCCUACACCCUGGACUCAGAUCUCAACUGCUCUUCAGAGGUACAUCCGUAUCAGGGCAGUGCCACAGGCGAGGCCCAGGCUGCAGCUUUGGCCUACAGAAGUUCUCAAAGGGGUGGAGAGAGCAGCAGCUUUUCAACACUGAGAGGCUUUGACUCCAGAAGAUCUACACCCGAGGCGAUCCUGAGCAUUCCAGGAAAUGAAAUGGGAUUACGAGCUUUUGACACUGAAGGCUUGUUCUGCCCCUACCCUACGUCAACGCACAUAGAGGAGCUGUGUGCAAGCAUUUUCCGUUCUCACAGGGAGACGAGUCAGUAUCGUGCAGAGGAGCUGCAGGCUCUUAGAUGGAAGAUCUUCGGCAGGGAGGAGGUUCAUGCCUACCAAAACAAAUCUAUGGAUGAGAUGUGGCAGCACUGCGCGGUUCGUCUGACAGAUGCGGUACAGUACGUGGUGGAAUUUGCAAAGCGCAUUCCAGGCUUCCGUCAGCUUGGUCAGAAUGAUCAAAUUGCCCUUCUCAAGAGUGGUUCGAUGGAAGUAGUUCUGGUCCGCAUGAGUCGGAUAUUUAAUACUGAGAACAGCACAGUGUUCUUUGAUGGCAAAUUUGCUGGACCUGAGCUUUUCAAGUCUCUUGCAUGUGGUGAUUUCAUUGCAUCAGUAUUUGACUUUGCCCACAGUCUUUGUGCUCUGAGGCUGACAGAGCAGCAGGUGGCGUUGUUCAGUGCUCUUGUGCUCAUAAAUGCAGAUCGUCCAUGUCUGGAGGACAGAGACAGAGUGCUGAGAGUGAGAAAAGAUGUGGAAUUGGCCCUCAGUCACAUCCUGCACAGAGACAACCAAGAAAGUUUACUGCACAAGCUAUACCAGAAGAUGACAUUGUUGAAAAGCCUGUGUACUCUGCAUAUGGAGAAGCUGCGCUGGUUCAGGCAGUAUUACCCACUGACUGUGCACUCUCUCUUCCCUCCACUUUACAAGGAGCUGUUCGUCUCAGACACUGAUAUGCACACAAUGGUUACGCUCUGAACUCAUCCACUCAGUCGCACAGUACACAGAGUACACAGUAACAGCAUGUGUUAAUAAAUAUACACUUAUUUCUGAAGGAGACAACUAUAUAAAAACUGAUGUAUUUUUGUGCAAAUGCUCUUUUAUAAUGUGAAGCACAAUGGUUCUACAAAUAAUAAACUCCUUAGUUGUGACAGUAUUUUUGAUAGUCUGAACUUUUCAGCUGUAUAAAGGUAGCAUUUUAUAGUUAACAAAUUGUUUUUGGUAACAAAUAGCCUUGUGUGUGUAAAUGUGAUUCCAAUCAUUUUUUUUCCCCUGAUGCUGGUGUGUAAAAGCCUGUUGCCUCUAUUCACUGGUAAGCCAUUUGAAGAAUCAGGGACUGAUUCUUUAGGGACUGGAGCACUGCACUGGAACUGAAUGCUUUGCUUCAAUGAUUCAAUUCAACACCAUGUCAUGUUCCCAAAAUUGACAUGCUUGGCUUUCCUCUGUCACAUAUUGUUGCUUGUCUUAUUUGCACAUAGAAAUAAUAUACUAACUCAAGUAAAGGCAAAGACUGUCUCAAAAACAACCAUCUCUGAUAAUGAUUGCUAAAUGUCCUAUAUUGAUACAAUGAUAGUAGCGAGAUUGUGUUAAAGUAUCUCAAAACAAGACUUAAAAAGACUACUUUUGAAGGAUAGUAAAGGAUUAGAGUAGUUAUCGAAGGCCAUUUACACAUUAACACAAAUAAUAACUGGCUAUACACUGCAUUAAUUAAAAUGUUUUGUUUAAGAGUAAAUUUGACAUAUCCAGACCUUUUCCUUUGAACCCUUUCUUGUAAGUUAAGUAUGUACACCUACUGUAUAAUCCUUUUCAUUUAUUCUCUGGUUUGAACAUAUCUGCAUAUAUGAUUUCAAAGGAGCAAUUGUUUGUCUGUUUGUUUGUUUGUUUUUUCUCACAAUUUGGUUCCUUGCUAAUCCCUUUUCAGUCAAAGGUUACUCAUUAUAAACUACAUCACCUAAGAAUUGUUUCCACCAUGUAUUUUACAUCUAUUUCAGUCUUGGCUUCAAGACGGCUACAAUUAUUGUUGGGGUGCUGAAUCAUUUCAUGUUACGUGUGAGGUUUUUAACAGUUAGUUUCAAGGGUGUAAUUGUAGCUGAAGUCCAUAGUCAUGUUAGGAUCUUGCAGGAUUCACAACUGGUGUUUAAAUAUGUUAUCACAGGUUGCAAAGAUGUAAGAGUUUGAUUAGAAUAGUAGCACUGAUAAGAAUGAAGCGUGAUGGUAUACAGCCUACUGUAUGGCAGCUAAGCCCACAUUAGCAUUUAAGUUUUACUUUUUUGAAUCAGUGUGAUACAUGUGUAUAUAAAGAAGUCCUGGUCUCUUGCCAUUUGAGUACUUGUUUAUUGUUGUCAUUCAUUUCAGAAUUGUUGCUGAUAUACCAUAUUUCCUUUUCUGCCUUUGGUUCAUUGGCUCAUUUAUGUUUUUUUUUUAAUCUAUUUUUCUUUUUAACUUGUAUUAUGCUAAGAGAAAAAGGCAUUAAAUAAACACAUAAAAAGAAAUGUUAGAUUUUUUUCACCAAAUAAAAUGUAUUAUUAUUAUUA